GAAAUUAUAAAAGUAACCUCUUUAGAAGAGAAUGGAUGUUAUAUUUAUAUUCAAUUUUACGAUGUUUUUAUGUUUUGCAUUUUUUAUAAUAUGGAGAAAUACGUCAUUUCUUGUUCAUUUUAAACCAUGGUUUUCUAAUAAAAAAGUACUUUUUCUUAUAGCACAUCCUGAUGAUGAAGUUAUGUUUUUUGGACCUUCAAUAUUUCAAAUAAAAAAUGAUAAUGAGAUCUAUCUUGUUUGUCUUUCUAAUGGUUUUUUCAAAAAAAGAAUUAUGAAAAAAUUAACAUAUGUUUUAGGAAAUGCAGAAGGUUUAGGGGAAAUAAGAAAAAAAGAACUCAUUAAAUCGUGCAAUAUUCUUGGAAUUCUUCCACAAAAUAUCAAAAUAGUUGAAAAUAGUCAAUUACAAGAUUCUAUGACGUCAUAUUGGGAUCCAAAUUUUAUUUCUCAACUAUUAUCGGAAAUAAUUGCUGAUAAAAAUAUUGAUAUUUUAAUUACUUUUGAUCAUUUUGGGAUUUCAAAACAUCCAAAUCAUAUAGCAUGUUAUCAUGGUGCCAUAUCAUUUUUCGAUUCGUUAGAAACACGGAAAACUUCUAUCUAUGUAUUAACUACUGUUUCUAUAUUGCGAAAAUAUAUUUUUUUUUUUGACUUAUUUAUUACUAUGGCUUUAUAUUUAUAUUACAAACUUUUAAAUACUAGUAUUUUGAGGUUAUUUAAUAAUAAAGAUAGGAAAGAUACUAUAUAUUUUUUUAUAAAUUCCCCUUUUGAUGUUUUUAAUUUACAAAAAGCAAUGAUAGAAGGUCAUUCAAGCCAAAUGAAAUGGUUUAGGUGGUUAUAUAUAUUUACAAGCAGAUAUAUGUUGCUUAAUGAACUGAAAAAGAAGAAGUGA